UGCGCUGCACAGGGAGCACAGCUCCCAGGCCUCGUACAUCUGACAUUGAGAAGCUGUUCACCUCAGUCUCCCAGAGCUUGUUAUUUACAGCUCAAAGGUCAACAAUCCACAACCACUCGUCUCAGCAGCAGGGAGAGGUAUCAUCGGCGCUAACGCAAUUAUAGCAGGUAUCGCCCGUCCCUGGCCCAUGUCGCACAUCGACCUAUAUUUUUUCCGCCAACAAUCACACCCUACCGUUAUCUAGUCGAACACGAGCCGCCGCUUAGAUGCGUCGAAGUCGGUUGAGUCUGCCGCGCAGCGUGCCCAUGACCCCCGAGCCUGAGCACAGCGAGCCGUACAUAGCGCGACGCACCGAUGACUGCCCGAGGACGCCUGCGGAUAAAAACUUAUUGGCCACCUGCGUCCCCACGGAGUAUUUGGUACUCUUUGGCCUUACCCUCUCUCUUGGCUGCACGAAUUUCCAAGCAAAUAAACAAACUCGAGUCGACCAAACAACCUGCACAGGCCGUCAAAUUCACGAUCGUCCACCGCCGCAGUUGAUCAACGUCGAACCCCAGAUAUCGGUGCCCACACCGAGCACGAUCGCGCUCUGCCGCGGCUAUUGGCCCCUACGGAAGGGUCUCGACAGAAGCAAGGAGAAGCCGAACCACCCUCAGGGCCCCGCGUUUGCGCUGAUUGCCCCAAACCAUGUAGGGGCUGCUAGUCUCGGCACCGUCCCGCCCCCUUCCGCUGCUUUUAAUCAAUGCAAAUAUCACGCGUGCCUGUUCUCCCUUCAGCCAGGGUCUCAAUGGAACAAGCGGGUACCCCGCGUCACCUCCCAGAUCCGGCAAGACCAAGCGCGAUACGAGCUGUCCUGGCUCAUCGACAUGCAUGAAAGUAGGACCAAGAUCGAUAUCUAUUGCCAAGCAGCUGCCCAUUCGGAGCAAACACCCCAGCCGGUGCUCUCAUCUGAUCCGCAGCAGUGGUACUCCGGCUCUCCGUCGAGCAAGGUUCGGCAGGGCUUGUGCGAGGGUACGAGCCGAGGGCACGGUGUGCGUGCUUUCCAAGUCUGCACUGCAGUACACAUCUCGAUGGCGGAUCCUCAGGGCCGCCUCGAAGCACCCGAGGAAGACGCACAGCUCAUUUAG